AUGAGAGCUCUCAAACAACGAAUCAAGGUCAAAUUAGGAAAAGCUGAGUCAACCCAAGACCCAGAAGGUUAUCUUGAACUACGCGAUCAGGUACAAAAAACUGAAAAGUAUGUAAAGGGAGCUUUGAAGAUUGUUAGGAAUUUUUGUCAGAAAUCGGAAGCCAUCACUAAAGUUCAAAACGAAGUAGGACAAUAUCUAGUAGAAAGUGGUAUGCAGACUAAUGAUGAAGUCGGAGAAUCAUUAAUGAAGAUUGGAGAGGGUUUAAAAUCUCUGUCAACAAUUCAUCAUGUCAUGUUAGUUAAUAUUGUCGAAAAGUUCAUUCAACCAGCCACCGAUUUCAAGAAAGAUGUCAAGGACUCUGAACAAUCACAUAAAAAGUAUGACAAAAAACGUCUUGAAUUUGACGCACAAGUCGAUCUUGUGAAUGGACUCAAACAAAAGGGUGACAAAGUAGACCCACAAAAGAUUCAAGCAGAAGAAGAAAAACAACAACAACUCGAUACUGAAAAGGAUGAAGCAUUCGAAGAAGCUCUUGAGGAAACUUGUGAUGUUUUAGUGAAGAGACAAACCAAACACUUAGCUCAACUCAAUGAAUUAUUAAUGAGCUUCCAUCACUUCUUUGCAGAAGGAUAUACAUUGACACAUGAUUUAAAGGAACCACUCGAAAAAUUGCUUGAAAAGUCCAACAAGAGAGCAUCUUCGUUCAAACAACAAACAAUUGAUUCUAUUGGAGGAGGUAGUUCUCUUCGAUCUACUCCAUCACAAGCCUCCGUUACAACAUCACAACCUUUGAAAACACCAACAACAACAACAUCAGAGACCUCUGCUACUUCUACAAGUGCAAAUACUUCAUCAGCAGGAGCUUCAGGAAUGGCAAAUGCAUUCAAAUUGGGAGGAGGAGGAGCCAAACCAACUAAUGGUAAUACAACCACUUCUAGCGCAUCAAAAGAAUCUGUUCUUUGUACAUGUAGAGCUAUGUAUGACUAUGACGCUCAAGAAAGUGGAGAAAUAUCAUUCAAAGAAGGACAAACCAUUUUAGUGUACGAAAAAGAUGAAGCAGGUUGGUGGAAGGGAGCUGUGGAAUCCACUCCUAAUAAGGUUGGUCUAUUUCCAAGCAACUUUGUUGUGGAUACCUCAUCAAAGGCAAGUGGAAAGACUACAUCUGCACUGUAUGACUAUGAUGCACAAGAAUCUAAUGAGCUAAGCUUCAAAACAGGAGAUGUUAUUGAAGUAUUGGAAGAAUCUGAAGGAGGUUGGUUUAUGGGUCGCAACUUAUCCACAAACAAAGUUGGCUUGUUCCCUUCUAAUUUCACAGAAUUAGGAGCAGCAGAUCAAUAA